CACCACUCCAAACAAUUCAGAAUCCCCUCUGCUUUCCUCGAUUCCACAAGUGCAGAACAGCAAGUGCUGCAGAGACAUAGGGAAGAUAACAGUGCGAGGAAAGAGAGAGUAUUAUCCCAGCUGCCAGGUGAGGGGACUGCACUGAUCAGCUGUAUUAUUGACAGUGAGCCUGUACUGAUGGGCUGAGGACCUCUAUCUUUAGCUCCCCAUGGUUGGCCAUUACUACUUUGGAUCUUCCAUAUCAACCUAAAGGAAAGCAAUUACUUAUCAUGAAAGGGAUUAGGGCGAUAUUCUAUUACUUCUUAGUGGAUCUUUUGACUUUGCUCUGCUGGGCACAGGGCAAAGGUGGCCAACACUUUGGAAGCACUGUGGUGGUGUCUGAUGUCAAUCUUUCCAACCAUGGAGACCAAGGGUCAUCAGAGCCCCCUCAGACUGCUGAGGGUUGCAGGGGUUAUUUUGAUGUCAUGGGGCAAUGGGACCCACCAUUCAACUGUAGCUCGGGGGAAUUUCUCUACUGCUGUGGCACUUGUGGCUUCAGAUACUGCUGUAAGUUCAAACAAGCCAAGCUGGACCAAAACACCUGCACUAACUAUGACAGACCAGUCUGGAUGCAGCCUGGGAAGACACCCCCUAAAAUUGUUGACCCUGCGCAUGACCCCACUAGGGAUAAAACAAAUUUGAUUGUCUACAUCAUAUGUGGAGUAGUGGCUGUCAUGGUGCUUGUUGGGAUUUUUACUAAAUUGGGACUGGAGAAGGCUCAUAGACCACAGAGGGAAAAUAUGUCAAGGGCUCUUGCUGAUGUGAUGCGACAACAGGGUCACUGUGGAACAGAACACAUGGAAAGAGAUACAAACCUAGUCGUUCACGUGCAACAUUAUGAAACCUUGCCGGCUCGAUCCUCUGCUAAUAACUUGCAUUCAUCAAAGAUCAAUAAUGUGGUCCCGACAUCCCCACACCCACCACAGAUGGCACAUCCACAUUCCUAUCCAACAAUGGGGCAAAUUUCAAAUCCAUAUGAGCAACAGCCCCCUGGAAAGGAACUUAAUAAGUAUGCAUCUCUAAAGGCUGUUGCUGAAAAGGGCAAUGAAGACUUCUAUUCCAAAAGACGGCAUCUUGCAGAGUUAGCUGCAAAAGGAAGCCUUCCCUUACAUCCGGUAAGAGUGGAUCAGGAAAGAUCAUACAGUCCAGAAGGUGGCACCUUGAAAGUAAAUGGACAAAAAGCCAAAGCCAAUAAAAUACACACGCAUCCAAUGGUCUCAACAUAUAAUCCCAACUACAAAACCUGGGACCACAGUGAGCACUCACUUCGGAGGCAAGCCUAUGCAACUAAGAAGCACUGCCCAAUAGAGUCUGCGAAUGAAUCACUGCAAACUCAGAAUCAGCAUUUCAUGCCUUCCCAGCCAUACUUUGUUACAAACAGCAAAACAGAGGUGACAGUGUGACAUUUACCAAAUCCAUUAUAACUAGAUGAUUAUACUGGCAUAUAGAAAUGUAACGUAAGUGAAGUUCUGAUGCGCAUCGGUUGAAAGGAGUGGGUGGGGACUGCGACGAUCAGCAAUACAAUGAUGAAAUGGAAUUAGGAACUCCAGGUGUCAUUUCCAGCGAAAAAUCGGAAAACUAAAUUGCCUAACCUUUUUUUUUAAUAUAUUUUCAACUUCAGAAAAAGAAAUAGCACAAGCAACACAGCCUUCAUCUCCAUGAAAAUCACAUGUUCUUAACUGGGAUGAGAGAGGACAGGUUAUGAUAUAAUGUUAUGAGCCAAUAUUUUUCUAAGGAAAAAAAAAAGCUUUCUUUGUGGAAACCCGUUAAACAUAAUAACAAAAAAAUGGCCUUUCCAUUCUUAACAAGCAGAGAAAAAAUGUAAAAAAAAAACCAAAACAUUUUCAAGGACUUAAAAAAAGACUGUUACAUCCAAAAAGGGAAUGUGGGCUUCUUAAUUGGUGGAAGUUUCCAAGCUAUUCGAAAAAAAAAUCAAAAAAUGACUUUUUAAGGAAGUAAAAAAAAAGAAAAAAGGAUUUUUUAAUUUGAGGAAAAGGUUUAGAAGAUAGAAAAUACACGUUCUUCCUUUUCUGGCGUUCCACUAUUCUAGCAGACAGGAAAACAUUCUGGACUGUCUGUUACACUUUUAAUUCAGUCAUUUGUUUGCCAAUUUCAACUUGCUUAUGACUGGAAAUAUACAAUGUGGGCGGUGCCUUUAAUGUAUUUAUAUCGUUCAAUGAAAAGUCUUGUUUUAUAAAGUGAACUUUUGACCAUUUAUUAGAUUUCCUGACAUUUAGCAGAGUGUUAGUCUUUUCUUUUCUAACAUUGCUGAAAGUUGUUAAAGCAUUUUGCUCUUGUUUGACAUCUUCGCUAAUUAUCAUUGCAAUGUUUGUUCUAGUUAACGUUAAAAAAAAAGAAGAAAGAAAAA